CCCACAUUCACUUUUGAUUUGAUUCUUUUCCCCACUUUCAGAACAGCAGCAACAAGGUAUAGAGAGAGAGAGAGAGAGAGAGCCAAAAAAAAACAAACUAGUACUCAACAAAAAGAGAAAGAGAAACCUCUUAAACACGCACCCUUAAUUCCUACCUCAAAGAAAGUACUACUCUUCAAACAUUUUCUAUUCACUGAAGAAGGAUCUUUGCACUUGCACUUGCAGCCAUCUAUCAUGGUUAAGUUAGAGCACAAGAUCAAAACAGAACCAUCAUCAAAGGAAAUGCGGUUAUCUUCACUCUCAUCAUCAGCAUCAACAUCAUCAGAUUGCAAGAAGAAGAAGUACAAGGGAGUGAGAAUGAGGAGCUGGGGAUCAUGGGUGUCUGAGAUUAGAGCACCAAACCAGAAAACAAGAAUAUGGUUAGGCUCUUAUUCAACCCCGGAGGCUGCAGCUAGAGCCUAUGAUGCUGCACUUCUAUGCCUUAAAGGAUCCUCAGCAAAUCUCAAUUUCCCUUUAAGCUCUUCACAACAAUACAUUCCAGGAGAGGCUGUCAUGUCCCCCAAAUCAAUCCAAAGAGUUGCUGCGGCCGCUGCAAAUAGUUUCAUUGACAAUGCCAACACUCCCCCUUCCCCACCUCCUGCUUCUAACCCAUCAUCAUUGGCCUCAUCCCCCUCAUUGGUCUCUUCUCCCUCGGAUCAAAUCGACGACAACGCAUCGCUGAUAUCGUCUUUCGAAGCCUACACUAGUUGUGACCAAGCAAAUCAACCAAUGACUAUGAAUGUGAUGGAACCUUGGUACACCUUUGCUGAUGGUCUUCAAUCCCCUAAGUAUAUUGAUCAGAUGCUAAGUGGUGCUUUCUUCGAUUUCGAUUCGUCUCAUCUGUUUGAUGAUCUAUACGAAGAAAGUGACAUUCGUUUGUGGAGCUUCUGCUGAGAAAAAAAAAAAAUCAAUUCAAGCCAACUACAAUAUUUCUCUUUUCUCAAAAAUUCAAUUCGUUUGUCUUCAGUGGUAUAACUUAAGAUGUUACUGACUGUAACCAGAUUAAAAUUUGUAUACCCUAUGCUACAUAAUAGUGCAUAUUAGAUGAAAUUCAUGUUGAGAUAAGACAAUUUUUGGCCUCUCUUAUGUGAAUUUCUAGGAGUCUGAAAUUAUGUAUCAUUGAUGCAAAGCUUGUUAUGUCAAUGUCAUGAAUGGUUUCCCAUCCACUGUGUCACAGAAUAAAGGGAGAAAAAAUAAUAUAGUCAUCAAAAUCCUUAGUUAUAAGCAAUUCAUUUCACUGUUUUUUGAAUGUAACUAUGGGAGGAGACUUUUGCUAUUGUGAGUAUCUUUAGGAAGGCUUUUUUUGCAAGGGAAGGUAUCUGAGAUGCUUAUUUCCAAUCCAAUGAGAAUAGGAAACCAUGUACAGAGCGUGGUAACUUGAAACCAUUGGAAAAAGUGCGUCUUUUCUAAGCAUUGUCUGCUCUCCCGCGUGCCCAAAGAACAAAGAGUGUUCCCUUAUUUUGA